ACCUGCCCGCCAGACCUGGCGGCGCAGUCUCGCGGGAUUCCUCAGCUCUCGCUCCCGGUGCGGCUCCUGAGGUGGCUAGAGUCCCGGACACUCCCGGGAGCCGUCUCUGGUCGCGGGGGUACGGUGGGCUGGACGGGGACGGGGAGGAAGGUGCCUUCGACCGCCGCCCGAGUAAUUGACCCAGAACCCAUUUUCAGGAAAAAGAGCUUCCUUCAAAAUGGUAAAAUAAUUAAACGAGGAAUUUGAGCAUUUUAUCUUUGGAUGGAAAUCUGAGAAUGAAAAGAGCGAUUAAUACAAGCCAUGUGGUAAAAUUAGGAAUUUGAAGAGAAUGGAAACGUUUACAUUUUUGUGGACAUGUAUGUUUCUACCCCUCGUACGAGGGCACAGUCUUUUCACCUGUGAACCAAUUACUGUUCCCAGAUGUAUGAAAAUGGCCUACAACAUGACAUUUUUCCCUAAUCUGAUGGGUCAUUAUGACCAGAGUAUUGCGGCUGUGGAAAUGGAGCUUUUUCUUCCUCUUGCAAAUCUGGAAUGUUCACCAAAUGUUGAAACUUUCCUUUGCAAAGCUUUCGUACCAACCUGCACAGAGCAAAUUGAUGUGGUUCCACCCUGUCGUAAAUUUUGUGAGAAAGUGUAUUCUGACUGCAAAAAAUUAAUGGACACUUUUGGGAUCCGAUGGCCUGAGGAACUUGAAUGUGACAGAUUACAGUACUGUGACGAGUCUGUUCCUGUAACUUUUGAUCAACACACAGAGUUUCUCAGUCCUCACAAGAAAACAGAACAAGUCCAAAGAGACAUUGGAUUUUGGUGUCCAAGGCAUCUUAAGACUUCUGGGGGACAAGGCUAUAAGUUUCUGGGAAUUGACCAGUGUGCACCUCCAUGCCCCAACAUGUAUUUUAAAAGUGAUGAGCUAGAGUUUGCAAAAAGUUUUAUUGGAAUAGUUUCAAUAUUUUGUCUUUGUGCAACUCUGUUUACAUUCCUUACUUUUUUAAUUGAUGUUAGAAGGUUCAGAUACCCUGAGAGACCAAUUAUAUAUUACUCUGUCUGUUACAGCAUUGUAUCUCUUAUGUACUUCAUUGGAUUCUUGCUAGGCAAUAGCACAGCCUGCAAUAAGGCAGAUGAGAAACUAGAACUUGGUGACACAGUUGUUCUAGGCUCUCAAAAUAAGGCUUGCACCGUUUUGUUUAUGUUUUUGUAUUUUUUCACAAUGGCUGGCACUGUGUGGUGGGUGAUUCUUACCAUUACUUGGUUCUUAGCUGCUGGGAGAAAAUGGAGUUGUGAAGCCAUUGAACAAAAAGCAGUGUGGUUUCAUGCUGUUGCAUGGGGAAUACCAGGUUUUCUGACCAUUAUGCUUCUUGCUAUGAACAAAGUUGAAGGGGACAAUAUUAGUGGAGUUUGCUUUGUCGGCCUUUAUGACCUGGAUGCCUCUCGCUACUUUGUACUCUUGCCACUGUGCCUUUGUGUGUUUGUCGGGCUCUCUCUUCUUUUAGCUGGCAUUAUUUCCUUAAAUCAUGUUCGACAAGUUAUACAACAUGAUGGCCGGAACCAAGAGAAACUAAAGAAAUUUAUGAUUCGAAUUGGAGUCUUCAGUGGCCUGUAUCUUGUGCCAUUAGUGACACUUCUUGGAUGUUACGUCUAUGAGCAAGUGAACAGGAUAACCUGGGAGAUAACUUGGGUCUCUGACCAUUGUCGUCAGUACCACAUCCCAUGUCCUUACCAGGCAAAAACAGAAACUCGACCAGAGUUGGCUUUAUUUAUGAUAAAAUAUCUGAUGACAUUAAUUGUUGGCAUCUCUGCUGUCUUCUGGGUUGGAAGCAAAAAGACAUGCACAGAAUGGGCUGGGUUUUUUAAACGAAGUCGCAAGAAAGAUCCAAUCAGUGAAAGUCGAAGAGUACUACAGGAGUCGUGUGAGUUUUUCUUAAAGCACAAUUCUAAAGUUAAACACAAAAAGAAGCACUACAAACCAAGUUCACAUAAGCUGAAGGUCAUUUCCAAAUCCAUGGGAACCAGCACAGGAGCUACAGCAAAUCACGGCACUUCUGCAGUAGCAAUCACUAACCAUGAUUACUUAGGACAAGAAACUUUGACAGAAAUACAAACCUCACCAGAAACAUCAGUGAGAGAGGUGAGAGCAGAUGGAACGAGCACCUCCAAAUUACGAGAACAGGACUGUGAGGAACCUGCCUCCCCAGCAGCAUCCAGCUCCAGACUCUGCGGGGAACAGACUGAUGGGAAAGGCCGGGCAGGCAAUGUGAAUGAUAAGAGCAGUGUGUCUGAAAGUGCACGGAAUGAAGGAAGGGUCACUCCAAAGAGUGAUGUCACUGAAACUGGCCCGGUGCAGAGCAACAGCUUGCAUGUUCCCAGGUCUUCAGAGCCAAGCAGCCUCAAAGGCUCCACAUCACUGCUUGUUCACUCAGCAUCAGGAGUUGGAAAAGAGCAGGGCGCUGGUGGUCACUCAGAUACUUGAAAACCAGAUCAUCGUGUUACUAAGAAGUGAAUUCCUGUUACACUGGAGGUGACAGUACACUGUCUUAUAAGACUCACUGUUAUAUUCUUCUUCUGCACUUAAAGCUACAUUGCCUCCUGUUACACUGGAAACAAUAGAUUCUGAGAAUAUGAUUCAUUUCACAUAGAGGUUAAUUGACAACAGUAUACCCCCAAAACGGAAAUGUGCAGGUUAAUGAUAUUUUUUAAGUUGUGUGGGAGGAGGGAGUAUUAGAGGAACCUUCCUUUUCUAUUUAUGAAGAUUCUACUCUUGUUAAAAGUAUUUUAAGUUGUACUAUGCUCUUUCACUUUUAUGGUAUAAAAUCAAGAUUUUUCUUUGCUGAAGUAUUUAAAACUUACCUUUGUAUCUUUUUUUUAUAUAUUUGAAAACAAGUUUAUAUGUUUUGAGCUUUUUUUAGAAAUCCUGGAAAGUCUUUUCAAAUAUUUUUAUUAUGUUAUUCCAAUACCUUAUUUUAGCACUGCUUUGGUAGCUUUUACACUGAAUUUCUAAGAAAAUUGAAAAAUAGUGUUCUUUUAUAAUAUAAAAAAUAGUUGAUACACCAAAAGAUGUUAUAAUGGGAAUUCAACUAAAAAAAUCCAUUUACUCUACCUUAUCAUCUUCAAUGUGUGAAUUUUAUAAAGUCUAGUUGGUUUAGGAAUUUCACAGAUCUAUUAUGCAGCUGAAAUAAGGUGCUUACUGAGUGUCCACUGUUGAUAAUAUUAUGCUGCUGGCUGGUCCUUCUGAUUUUUUUAAAUAAAAUGUCCUGAAGGAUUAGUAGAUGAAAUGUUACUCCUUUAUAAAUUAAGCCAAGUGCAAUUGAUUUCCUUUUUUUACUAUAUCAUGACCACCCAAGAUUAUGUUUGUAUGACCAUUUACAGUUGCUUAUACUUUUGUUUUAACUUUUGUUUUUUAACAUUUAGAAUACUACAGACCCUUUGCAUUUGUACAGUAUCUUUCUCAGACAUCAGGUAGAAUUCAUCUCUGCAGCUAAAUAGGAUUUUGCUGAACAUUCAGAAAUGUGCUAGCAGUGUUAGUGCCAAACAAAUGGAAAAGAAUGUAGUCCUGAUAAACAGAAUAAAAUGUAUUUCAUAUAACAUACUUUGAAAUAUUAAAGAAUUUUCUUAAUUUUGUUUCCAAUGACUAUUAUUCCUUGAACAAGGUUUUCUUAUACUUUUUUUUCUCUAUUUAACAUUCUGUUAAAGCUUAAAAAGAAAAUUAUCAUGUACUGUAUGAAAAAGGUUGUAAAUAUUAACUUUUCCACAUUUUUUAACUUUGUAUACAAAAACUUUGUGUGACCUUUUCAGUAAUAAAAUUUUCUCUGUA